AUGGGUACCGUAACUAUAGGCAAAUCCUAUUUCGACGCUCUUCUACGCAAGGCCAAAUUUGUCGGUAUUCCCCCAGACAGUAGCUGUGCACGUCAUCUUCGCGAUACUGACCUCUGUCGGCAGCAUGCUUCCAAUCAGCCUGUUAGCUACGGAGCUGAUCUGUCGGAUAAUGUCACCAUUAGCAAGGCAGAACAUGAGUACAUGAUUCAAGCAGUGAGAGAAUAUCAUCUCCUCAAGAGCGCCCUGUUCCGUGGAGGCCUGACGACGGAGACUUUGGAGACGCUGCUGCAAGGCGAGAACAGGACUUCAACUGAACAACCGUCGAGCUACGAUUAUGUAUCGGAGCACACAACUGCCAGAUCAAGGGAAACUCCAAUAGCAGGACCUACACCAGUGCGCUAUCCACAAGGGUCGGACCACACCGCUGUCGGCCACGGUCUCCAGCCUAGGCCCUUAGGAUCGUUCCAUCGAGUCGCAAGCUAUGACGAAUCCGAGUCCUUCACUGGCGACCCAGACAGCCCACCAGACGAAGAUGACGAUCAAGAUCGAGGGCCAGGUCACCGUAUACCACUCCAUGAUCAGCGCACUGUACUGGUUACUAACCUCUCCGAACGUACCACGCAUAAAGACCUGGCAGGCAUCGUCCAUGGCGGAAGACUCUUGGAUAUAUUCCUCCGCAACGACCGAUCUGCUACCAUCUCGUUUGUUGAAGGAGCCGCGGAAUUCCUGGCUUACACCAAGCGCAACGAUGUCUACUUGCAUAUGAAAAGGCUUGAGUUUCGUUGGAGUGACCGACAGUUCCAUGUGCCACCCCAUGUGUCCAACAAAAUCGCUGGCGGCGCCACGCGGAACCUGGUUGUACGAGGGGUUGCGGCUAAGGUCACUACAGAUGAGAUCCGUGACCAACUCGACCACAUCCACAACCUCAUCGUGGUAGACAUAUACUUCAGAAACGGCGAUGCGUACAUCUCAACCAACUCCAUUCACAAUGCUCUGUUCGCUAGGACUUGCCUGAUGUCGCGUAGCGUAUACAAGGGCACGCGCAUCGAGUACUAUCCGGAUGAAUGCGCCGGUCCACUACCUCAACCCAAGAAAGCCCACACUCCCGUGGCGCGCGUACCUAUGAAACCUGCGCCUCUAGUCAACCAGUAUGCUCUUCUGGACACUGGCUCAGAUGAUGACUCUGAGUCCGAAGAAGAGUCGUACGGGACCCAUGGUGUGCAGGUCGAUGGUUGCCACUGGGCUGACGGUGUAGUAGCAUAA